UGCGGCGUCCACCUGGAGGUGAUCGUGGAGAAGCCGCUGCAGGUUUUCCACGUGGAGGUGGAGGUGAAGGACAUUAACGACAACGCGCCGAUUUUUCCAACGGCAGUAAAAAAUCUGUUUAUUUACGAAUCCAGGCCGCCUGGUUCUCGGUUUCCACUAGAGGGUGCAUCAGAUGAAGAUAUUGGAACGAAUUCUCUGUUGACCUAUGGGCUUAACUCUAAUGAGUAUUUUACCUUGGAUAUCAAAAGAAAUGAUGAGGAAAUGAAAUCUCUUGGACUUGUGUUGAAAAAAUAUUUGAAUCGAGAAGAAACUCCUGAGCAUCAUUUAGUAAUAACGGCAGUUGAUGGUGGGAAACCAGAGCUCACUGGCACAACUCAACUGAAAAUCACUGUGCUAGACGUAAACGACAACGCCCCAGCGUUUGAGAAUUUGGUCUACAAAGUGAGAUUAUUCGAAAAUGCACCAAAUGGUACCCUGGUAGUGAUUGUUAAUGCCUCUGAUUUGGAUGAAGGCAUAAAUAAGGACAUUGUCUAUUCUUUCAAUUCAGACACAUCAGCAGAUAUUCUGUCGAAAUUCCACUUAGAUCCGGUCAGUGGCCACAUGAGUGUAAAAGGUAACAUAGAUUUUGAGGAAACUAAGUCAUAUGAAAUCCAAGUAGAAGCAACGGAUAAAGGAACUCCCCCAAUGACAGACCACUGCACUGUUCUAUUGGAAAUUGUGGAUGCCAAUGACAAUGCACCUGAACUGGUUAUCAAAUCAUUAUCUCUACCCGUAUCAGAAGACGCUCCGCUUGGCACCGUCAUCGCCCUGAUCAGCGUGUCCGACCGCGACUCCGGUGUAAAUGGGCAGGUAACCUGCUCUCUAACGCCUCUUGUCCCCUUCAAACUGCUGUCCACUUUCAAGAAUUACUACUCUCUCGUGCUGGACAGUUCCUUGGACCGAGAGAGCAGGUCGACCUAUGAGCUGGUGGUGACAGCACAGGACGGCGGAUCGCCUUCUCUGUCGGCCACAGCCAGUGUAUUCGUGGAGGUGGCCGACGUGAACGACAACGCGCCCGCCUUCGAGCAGCCCGAGUACACGGUGUUCGUGAAGGAGAACAACCCGCCCGGCAGCCACAUCUUCACGGUGUCUGCGCACGACGCGGACGCGCAGGAGAACGCGCUGGUGUCCUACUCGCUGGUGGAGCGGCGGGUGGGCGAGCGCGCGCUGUCGAGCUACGUGUCGGUGCACGCC